AUGAAGUACAUAAUAGAACAUAUGGAGGAAGGUUUUUCCGAAUGGGUGAUACUAGAAUAUACUCAAAUUAUAAAAGAUAUAGGUAAAGAUAACCUUAUUCUCACAUCAUUACCGCCAUCAACAACAGAGAAAGAUAUUCCUAAGAGACUCCUUGAACUCGGUUUGCAGUGGACAACUAAAGAAUGUGUUGACAUUGAUGGUGGCAUAGACAAAUCAAAAGUGUGUUUGUUGGAUCCAGCUGCAGAAACUGACUUGACUCCACAAGAUAAAUCCAAAUUUGACUACUUUGUUUUUGGAGGAAUAUUAGGGAGUCAUCCAAGAAUUGAUCGUACAGGACUUUUGCGUGAAAAAUAUGGGUUCAGCGGCAGAAGAUUGGGUAGUUUACAAAUGACUACUGAUACCGCCAUAAGAACUACUCAAAGAAUUAUCGAAAACGGUGUGGCAUUUGAGGAUAUUAAAUUCUUAGAUUACCCAGAAAUCAAGUAUAAUAAAUAUGAAUCCACAGAAAUGCCAUUUCGCUACGUUACUGAUAAUGAGGGAAAUCCAAUUUUACCAGAGGGAAUGUUGGAAUUAAUUAAAAAUGAUGCAGAACAAAGCAUCGACGAUUUGCUUAUUGAAUAG